AUGCCCAAUGCCAAAGCGCAAGAUGGGCCCAGCAGCUUGCGGUGCGCGGCUCGCCUCCCCUGGCUGCGGGAGCUUCUUUGCCACACCGACGGCGCCGCCCGCGCCGCCGCCGCGCGGCUGGUCGGCGCGGCGGCUGCUGCGCUCUCCCGCCAGCAGCCGGCCGCCGGGGCCAGGGCCGCGGGCGAGCUGCUCUCGUCGCUGCUGGCUGUCGGCUGCCCGGCGGCGGAGGAGGGCGGCAAGCGGGGCGGCGGCGCCGGGGCGGGGGCAAGCUCUAAGCUGGAAGAGCGGGAGGGGAGCAUCCUCGCUGCAGGCUUUGUCACCGCGCAAUGCCGCGCGGCGCUGCCUCCCGCGGCGCUCCAAGACGCCGUCAGCCGGCUGGCCGCCCUGGUGCCUUCCGCUGAUCGCCAGCCAUUGCUGGCCGGCGCCGCGGCCCUCGCACUCGGCUACCUCGGGUCUGCGGGCCGCCUGCCAGAUCUCGACGAGUCAACCUCGGACGCAUCCAAGCCGUCGGAGGCGGCCAAGGAUGGCGCCGCAGGAGCGGCGGGCGCGAACGGCUCGGCAGAGGAGGCAAAAGCUGAUAAGGAUGAGGGGGCGGCGGCGGCGGCGGUGCACGAGAGUGCCGCGGUCAUGGUGAUCGCCAAGGCGCUGCCGGCGCCGACGGUGGGGCCAAAGGAGGUCAGCCAGGCGGCGGCGACCGCAGUGGCGCGCUGCGCGUUGGCGGUCGGGCUGGCCUGCCGCGGGGAGGACCGGUCCGAGGUGCUGAGGGCGGCGGUGAAAGCGCUAAUGGGGCUGGCGCUGUCAACCAAGAGCGAGGAGGCGCUGCUGGUCGCUGGCGAGGCGCUCGCGCUGGCGUUUGGGGGUGUGCCGCUCUCGGACCAGCAGCUGCUGCGGUCACCAGGCACACGCCUGUCCGAUCUGCUGCCCGCUGCUGACGAGGACGACGCUGCGGCAGGCGGCCACGGCAACAGCGGCAGCGGCAACGGGCCCGAGGCGAUGGCCGUCGACGGCGGUGCCGGCAGCGCUGCCGGCGGCGGCGCAGGUGUGGCGGCUGCGGACGCUCUGAACCCGCGGCCUUGGCUGCAGGCUGAGGUGCUGUCCGAGCUCAGGGGUCCCCUGGCAAUCAACAGCAAGCCGGAGGCCAGGUGCGCCGCGGCCCUGUGGCUGGUGUCCCUGCUGAGCUAUUGCCGCUGCUGCCCCCUGCUGGACGAGGAGGGGACGCUGGGGCAGCUGCAGGGCAGCUUCAGCGCGCUGCUGGGGGACAGCAACGAGCUCACGCAGGAGACCGCGGCGCGCGGCGUUUCGCUGGUGUACGCGAGGGGCGGGGAGGCGCUGCGGUCGCGGCUGCUAGCCCAGCUGGUGGGCGUGCUGCAGGGCGCGUCGCCAGGGGCAGCUGCGGUCAGCGGCGUCAAGGGCGCGGCGCUCACGGCGGACACCAAGAUAUUUGAGGAGGGUGCGCUGGGGUCCGCCCCCGGCGGCGGCGGCCUGUCCACAUACAAGGAGCUGGCCUCCCUCGCUUCAGACAUGGGGCAGCCCGAGCUCAUCUACAAGUUCAUGGACCUGGCGCGCCACGCGGCCGCCGCCAACACUAGCCGCGGUGCAGCCGCUGGCAUAUCUGGGAUCGCGAAGCUUCUUGGCGGCCCACGUGCGGGCGCCAAGGGCGGCCCCGGCGGCGCCGCCGGCGCCCUGCCGUCCCUGCUGGGCCCCGAGCGCCUGGCGGCGCUGCUGCCUCGCCUGUACCGCCAGCAGUACGACCCCUCACCAAAGUGA